UACAUGCAUCUAUUGUUGUUAUUUAUUGUAUUAUGUGGCUUACCAGGACCUCAAGAAAGAAGAAAAUUGAUUCUUCCAGGAUCUGUAGUUCAGUGUAUAUAAUAUCUAAGAAGAAAAGACCUGUGUACAUGCAUAUUGUUAUCUAUAUAUUGUUAUAUGGUAGUGUUUUGUGGCUUGAUUCUGCCAGGAGGAUCUGGAUAUUAUUUUCUCACACGUGGGGAAUGAGCGCGCAUGCGCAUUACAUCCAUAUAGGAAUAAUUAAAGGGUGUGUCCAAUAAUGGCUACUGCUAGCUAGCUGUUUUAACAGAUAUUUUCUGAGUAUUGUAGCUAACAAAAAGCUAGCGCUUGAGUGCAAGGCUAACUCAUAUGUUGAAUAGAAAGUUUGUGCGGACAGAUGAUGCUAUGAAAGAUCCUGAAGAGACUGCAACAGCCUUCAAUGUGAGUCAAACUAGCCAUAACUCGAGAAAGAAGCUUUAGUUUGCUAAUCCACGAAUCAAAAUCCAAGAGAACGUGGCUAGAAGCCUAUAGAAGCUGUUAGUUUUCGUCGCAUUGUAACCGUUGAGCAGUUAUAGCUGGAAUACACACACACACAGACAGACAGACAGACACACACACAGUCAGCUUUACCGUAUCCCUCGUGCGGCUACGCCUCGAGGCAUAAUUAAGGAAGUGGUAUAAGCUCAAGCGGAUGUGGGUAAAACUUACAGUCCAGCAAGGUUGCUAAUUAAUAUAUUUCAUUUAUAGUAGCACUGCUCAGCAAGAAGGUUCAUUUGCAAGACAUUAAAUUAUGGAAUUAUCUGCUGUGUUGAGUCUUGCACUGAUUCAUGUUUGUGUUGUGAGUGCAGCACGGUCUGUCGAGAAUCUGCCACCGUACGACAACAUUGUUGAGCUCACUGAUCUCUACAAAGAUAGUCUGCGUGUGCAGGAAUCUGAGGAUAGAUUCUUCCCUUCUAUUCGAUUCACACACAAUGGCAGUAUAAUCGGCUGGCGGUUUCCAGCCGCCCCCGGAAAUGGACGAGUGGAACCAGUUCUAAGUAUUCUAAGGCUCAUUUCAGGAACUACAUACAAUCGUACGCAGCGAAUCCCAAUCAGUACUUGCACCGUGCGGAUGUAUCAGCUGAGCAAUGGUGUAAAUGUGGAACUUCACGAGUCUGGACCACUAGAGCCAGUACCAUUCAAAGAGGGGGAUAUUCUCGGUCUGCAUCUGAGGAACAGCAAUGCCCACUUUGUACCCUACCUGUACGACAGUGCAUUGGAGGGAGGUCAGACACUCGUGAGCUAUAUCCUCGCCAGGCAAGCAAUACGCAACAAUGAGGUUACCCUUGAUAAUCUUCCCACUGAUACACGACAACCACUGUUCGGACUAGCAACUUGUAACUCAAGUGUGGAAAAUGUGAACGACAGUAUGUACUGUAACGGGAAAACUCUAUUCAACAACUCUACAUGUAUUGAGUUGUCUCCAUCAGAUUCCCCACCAAGCUCAGAGUUCCUCGUGACUGUCAUCACCGUGCCGAUCCUGGGAGUGCUCUUACUACUCGUGGUGGGCAUGGUGCUGGUCGUGUGUCUCUGUAUCUGCUCUGUCCGAGCCAGCAAGAAGAGACAGCACUCUAUGUACAAUGAGGAAGUUGCUAUGGAUGAGUUGAAUGGCACGAUAUCGACAUUCGAUGAUCUCGGUGAUGCUCAUGAUUAUGAUGUGGUGAAUGUGAAAGAGACCACUCUGCGAGAGGUGGACAAUAGCAUGUACAAACCUGGCACCACCUCCCCGGGUAGUUACCGGGACGGCAAUGGAGCUGUGGCCAACUACGAGGAGCCUGUGCUCUCUCAGUCCCAGGAGAGUUUUGUGCAUCUCUACGACAAAACCCAUGGUAUUGUCUUUGCUGCCGGCACUCCACCCCCUCCGUUUAACCACACCCCCUCUCCACAGUCGUUCCACUCACACCUCCCGCCCACUCCCUCUCCACAGUUUCACCGACCACACUUCCCUCCCACCUCCUCACAACAGUCUGGCUACUACCACUCCCUAGAACGCUCCCUCCAGGAUCGUCCCCAGGGAUCCCUCAGCUCUCUGGUGAUUCAGACAGUGGCCAGUGAAGGCUCCACUCCCAAUGGUUCCCCCCCAAGGUCACAGCACUCCUCCACCCUGCCAGUGGAUAGGCGCCUCUCUGUGAGCCCCAAGCCUCGUCAUCGCCUGAAGUCCACCCCCAAUACCAAAGUCACUGCUUGUAUCCUUGGCGACCCGAAUCAGUCACAUGAUCCACUACGCCCACAAUCAGAACAGGGGUACGCAAGCCUCAGGGAAAACGGUCACUCAUUUAAUUUUGAAACUGGAGUGUAUGUCCCUACCAAGAAGCAGAUCAACGAGUUGUCUUCCAGUCCAAGAGAUUCCCUCUUUGAUGACAAGGGUGACAACAGCCCGUGUGUCAACAACUGGACCUUCUUUGAGGAGAUAGACAAGUACUGGAGGCCAGCCUCCAACACAGCCAGCCUCUACCAGCAGCUAGCCAGCAGAAAGUACAGGGAGGUCAUUCGGAAACAAAUACAGGUGGUGAGUCAUCUGGGCUCUGGUGAGUUUGGCACCGUGUGUAAGGGAGUAUGGAGCACUGAGCAGGGGGAGAUGGAGGUGGCCGUCAAAAUGCUCACUGCACGGUCCAACGAGGAGGCCACAGUCAGGUUCCUCCAGGAGGCCGCCAUCAUGGGGCAGUUCAGACACCCCAACCUCGUCAGACUGCACGGAGUUGUCACUGUCGGAGAACCAGUUAUGAUAGUGUUGGAGUUGGUCAACAAUGGAGACCUCAGGAAAUAUCUCAAGUCACUCAGAUCAAGCCAACCAGUGUCGGACACCCUCCCCCAGCAGCUGCUGAGCUUCUCCUCCCAGGUGGCUCUGGGUAUGGAGUAUUUGGCCAGAAAGGAGUUUGUUCAUCGCGACAUUGCAGCCAGGAACAUACUACUCACGGAUGACUUUGUCUGCAAAAUUGCAGACUUUGGCCUGUCACGUGACCUGGAAGACGAGGAGUACUACGUCUCCAAUGGCGGCAAAAUCCCUGUCAAAUGGACAGCCCCAGAGGCGAUCCAUUAUCGCAGAUACUCCCCUGCCAGUGAUGUGUGGAGCUUUGGAGUCCUCCUCUACGAGAUAUGGAGUCUGGGCGCAUCACCAUUCAAGAAUAAGUCAGCUGAGGAGACUGUGGCACUGGUGGACAGUGGGUAUCGAUUAUCACCGCCUCCGGGCUGCCCCAAGGCUAUCUACCAGCUCAUGAUAGAGUGCUGGCAUCCUGAUGCUCAAGACAGACUCAGCUUCACAGAGCUGGUGACCAGCUUAUCACAGUCUGGGGACACUCUCCUCAGGUGGUCUCAAGAAGACCUCUCCUCUCAUCCACAGGUGUGUGUGCUGGGCUCUCAGUUGAGUCAUGGAGAGCAGCUGUACCCAGAACUACAAAACAUGUACAGCUCCUAGCAACAUGUGUGUACAUGCAUUCCAUCACUUUUAAACCAUUUUUUUUUUAAUAAUUAUUUUACAUACACCAUCACUUCACUUUUAUAUUAAACCAUUUUUUUAUUGAAAGAAUUAUAUGCAUGUAAUACCACACAAUAUCAUAUAGUUUUCGAUGCUUUAUUGGUGUCCUCUUUCACUAAUGUACCUCCCUGUCUUCGGGCAAGAUUCUGUAGACAAAAUUAUCAAAUAUCAUUAUGAAUGUUCUGUGUGUAUG